GUGUGAAGAAGAAGAAGAAAGUCAAAAGAGGCAUUAGAGCGGUUACUCCUCCUCUUGCAUUCAUUUCAACUACAGCCGCUGCAACGGAUGGAGCUGAGCACAAGCGGGCGUGAGAGGCACCAACGACGAUUUUCUACCCCGUCUAACUAGCGCCCAUCUCGGGUACGACUCGUGCCGCACCUCGGCGGUACGAACGCUACUCUUUCAGGCUAUAGAGGCGAUCGACCGUCUCCGAGGCAUCGAUUGUUUUUUUUUUUUUUCCUUCUCCCCCUGUUGAUAAAAAAAGGGCGUGCGUGCGUGAGUGAGUCAACGAGGGGAACAUUAACCAUUUGAUGUGGGUUUAGUGAAGACAUUUUAGCCGGUCGAGGAUGGGCUGCACCCUGAGCACGGAGGACAAGGAGGCGGUGGAACGGAGCAAAAUGAUCGAUCGGAACCUGAGGGACGAUGGCGAGAAGGCGGCCCGGGAGGUCAAGCUGCUGCUGCUGGGUGCCGGAGAGUCGGGCAAGAGCACCAUCGUCAAGCAAAUGAAAAUCAUCCACGAGGCGGGCUACUCGGAAGAAGAGUGCAAGCAGUACAAGGCGGUGGUGUACAGCAACACCAUCCAGUCCAUCAUCGCCAUCAUCCGAGCCAUGGGCCGCCUCAAGAUAGACUUUGGCGACGCCGCCCGAGCCGACGACGCGCGGCAGCUGUUCGUGCUGGCGGGCUCGGCCGAGGAGGGAUUCAUGACGGCCGAGCUGGCCGGCGUCAUCAAGCGGCUGUGGCGGGACGCCGGCGUCCAGGCCUGUUUCGGACGCUCCCGAGAGUACCAGCUCAAUGAUUCAGCCGCCUACUACCUGAACGACCUUGAGCGUAUCUCUCAAGGCGCGUACAUCCCCACGCAGCAGGACGUUUUGAGGACUCGCGUAAAGACCACCGGCAUCGUGGAGACGCACUUCACCUUCAAGGAUCUUCAUUUCAAGAUGUUCGACGUGGGCGGUCAGCGCUCGGAGCGCAAAAAGUGGAUCCACUGCUUCGAGGGCGUCACCGCCAUCAUCUUCUGCGUGGCGCUCAGCGACUACGACCUGGUGCUGGCCGAGGACGAGGAGAUGAACCGAAUGCACGAGAGCAUGAAGCUUUUCGACAGCAUCUGCAACAACAAGUGGUUCACCGACACGUCCAUCAUCCUCUUCCUCAACAAGAAGGACUUGUUCGAGGAGAAGAUCAAGAAGAGUCCGCUCACCAUCUGCUACCCGGAGUACGCAGGCUCCAACACGUAUGAGGAAGCGGCGGCCUACAUCCAGUGUCAGUUCGAAGACCUGAACAAGCGCAAGGACAGCAAGGAGAUCUACACGCACUUCACCUGCGCCACCGACACCAAAAACGUGCAGUUCGUCUUCGACGCCGUCACCGACGUCAUCAUCAAGAACAACCUGAAAGACUGCGGCCUCUUCUGACGGACCAAGCGAGAUUUCCUCGUUUUCGGGGCUGAAUGCUGCUCGGGAAAACAGUUCCUAGAGUCCCCUGCGCUGUACAGUGAUGCCACUUUUAACGGUUUUAUUUAUGUUUUUGUCUCAAGGCAUUUUGUCAGAUUUUUGUAUGUUUAAAAUGGUGGAAUUUUACUUUUAUUUGGGGGACAUUUUUCAGCCGGACAGUCAAACUGACACUCGUAGCCCCUCGACAUUGUUACAUUUACAAAUAUCUAUCUCCAUUGGGGUCGUGGCACAUGUUCUUGUAUAUUUUCCAUUUUUUUGCGAGGAUCGGGAGUGCGAACAUUGUGGAUUUUUUUCCCCCCGCGACAGGCAAGCACAUAAGACGGCGACUGUUUCGCCGCGUUAGCUCACCGUGACGCCAUGAGCUUUGUAAAGUCAUCACUCUUAUUUUGAUAAUAAAAAAAAUAGAAAACAUUGAUAAGUGCCAUUUUUCUGAUGGAAAUACUGACGUUUCUGCUUCCGGUUAAGGCUGAGCUCUUCCCAGACGACUCGUUGCCUCAGGUUUGUGUAAAUUUGUGUGACAAUGGCGCUUUUGUUUCACGCUGUCAAAGAAAGUCUUAUCUGCACGAGCAGAAAAAUCCCUGAGGGAUGCCAGGCUGCAUUCUUCCAAAGCUGUUAUCUUGUAGUUCUAUUUUCGAUGUUACCUCUGACUCUGACCCAAGGGAUGUGACCUUGAACCCAAUUCCAGACUCGAGUUCGACAAUCGGCAAACUUGCGUUGGGCAGUCUUUUGUCUCGCGUUCACAGAACAUCUGUGAUGUCACUAAUUCUUAGCGCCAUGGCAACAGAGAGUGAAAGGAGGUGGGACAAUUAGAGAGCGAUGGUGACAGAUAUUCCCUCACAGUCGAGGGGAUGAAGUUGUUAAAAAUAGCUGCGAAAGAUUUUUUUUUUUUUUUUUUUAGCUGCUUCACG